AGUCGCAGCGCGAAAAGCGUGGCGGGCGCAUGCGCCACAGCUCUCUCCACCAGCAGUCCUCGGACAACGCGCUUGGGCUCCACCCCAAGCAAGCCAAGCCUUUCUCCUCUCCUCUUCCCACCCAAGAUCCGCGUGGCGGGGCGCGCGCGCACUUUGGCUCGAGGGCUGCUUGUAGUCUGGGCCGCGGCAGCUACAGGCGAGGGGCGGGGCUACUUCCUUUGGGGCCCCACCCCCUUUGGCCCGGCGUGCAUACCGCGCCUGCGCGCUCCCGCCCGGUCUCCAUCUUGGAAUUGGGAGGAAGAGAGAGGGAGAGAGAGGGAGAGGGAGGCCGGGACGAGAGCAGGGCUGUGGUGCGGUGAGAAGCUGAGACGAAAAGGAAAGGGAGUGAGGCGCAGGGACGAUCAGCAGCGUCUCGGCUACAGUCCUUCAGCUGUUCCGGACAGAGAGGACGGGAAAGGGAGUAGGCCAGGGCUGGAGUGGGGGCUGUCACUCUCGGACCCUAGCCUUAGAGGGGCCGUGCAGCCGGGCGUCCUCGGGGUGGGCCCCUUGUCGUGGCCGAAGACCUGGGGCUCAGGCCCCUGGGUCCCAGAUUUUGGGGCUUGGUCUCUUGUUUCUCACAUACCCAGGUAUCAAGCCCUCGUAUAUCAGGUAUCUGGGACUCAAGUCCCAACCUUUACAAACCUGGGUCUCUGUUUUAUAGAAUUUAAAAUACCUGGAAUUCAGGACCCUGUGUGCACCAAUAUCCGGGGUUCAUCCUCCAAGCGUUCAAAUAUCGGACCCAUUUUUAGCCCUUGCAAAUAUACGGGGCUCAGACCCCACAAUCGGAAAUCCGGGAUUCAGCAACUGUCGCCCUCGAGUUGGGGGAGGACUGGACCGCGAGGUCAGAUCAGGUUGUCACCCCCUCCCCUCCAGGGGAGGCUUCCCAGGCCCGCCCCUCAGGAAGGGCGAAAGCUGAGGAAGAGGUGGCAAGGGGGAAGGUCUCCUUGCCCCUCUCCCUGCUUGUCAGAGCAACUGGAGUACCCCAGGAGGAAGCGGAGGCGCUGGGGCACCAUAGUGACCCCUACCAGGCAAGAUCCCAAUCUCAGGGCCCCCAGGGGCCAUCAUGCCAGCUGGGGGCCGGGCCGGGAGCCUGAAGGACCCUGAUGUGGCUGAGCUCUUCUUCAAGGAUGACCCUGAGAAGCUGUUCUCUGACCUCCGGGAAAUUGGCCAUGGCAGCUUUGGAGCUGUGUACUUUGCCCGGGAUGUCCGGAACAGUGAGGUGGUGGCUAUCAAGAAGAUGUCCUAUAGUGGGAAGCAAUCAAAUGAGAAAUGGCAGGAUAUCAUCAAGGAGGUGCGGUUCUUACAGAAGCUGCGGCAUCCUAAUACCAUUCAGUACCGGGGCUGUUACCUGAGGGAGCACACAGCUUGGCUGGUGAUGGAAUAUUGCCUGGGCUCAGCUUCUGACCUUCUAGAAGUGCACAAGAAGCCCCUGCAGGAGGUAGAGAUUGCAGCUGUGACCCAUGGGGCGCUUCAGGGCCUGGCAUAUCUACACUCACACAACAUGAUCCAUAGAGAUGUGAAGGCUGGAAACAUCUUGCUGUCAGAACCAGGCUUGGUAAAACUGGGGGACUUUGGCUCCGCAUCUAUCAUGGCACCUGCCAACUCUUUUGUGGGCACUCCAUACUGGAUGGCUCCAGAGGUGAUCCUAGCCAUGGAUGAGGGACAGUAUGAUGGCAAAGUGGAUGUCUGGUCCUUGGGGAUAACCUGUAUUGAGCUAGCGGAGCGGAAGCCACCACUGUUUAACAUGAAUGCAAUGAGUGCCUUAUACCACAUUGCACAGAAUGAAUCUCCUGCUCUCCAGUCAGGACACUGGUCUGAGUACUUCCGGAAUUUUGUUGACUCCUGUCUUCAGAAAAUCCCUCAAGACAGACCAACCUCAGAGGUUCUUUUGAAGCACCGCUUUGUGCUCCGGGAGCGACCACCCACAGUCAUCAUGGACCUGAUCCAGAGAACCAAGGAUGCUGUACGGGAACUGGAUAACCUGCAAUACCGAAAGAUGAAGAAGAUACUAUUCCAAGAGGCACCCAAUGGCCCUGGUGCUGAGGCCCCAGAGGAAGAGGAGCUCACACCCUGUUCACAGGAAGCAGAACCUUACAUGCACCGAGCAGGGACACUGACCAGUCUAGAGAGUAGCCAUUCAGUGCCCAGCAUGUCCAUCAGCGCCUCCAGUCAAAGCAGUUCAGUCAACAGCCUAGCAGAUGCCUCAGAUAAUGAAGAAGAGGAGGAGGAGGAAGAGGAAGAAGAAGAAGAAGAGGAAGAAGAAGGCCCUGAAUCCCGAGAGAUGGCCAUGAUGCAGGAGGGGGAGCAUACAGUCACUUCCCACAGCUCCAUCAUCCACCGGCUGCCGGGCUCAGACAACCUAUAUGAUGAUCCUUACCAGCCAGAGAUGACCCCAGGUCCACUCCAACCACCUGCAGCCCCUCCCACCUCCACCUCCUCUUCUGCUCGCCGCAGGGCUUAUUGCCGCAACCGAGACCACUUUGCUACCAUCCGUACUGCCUCCCUGGUCAGCCGUCAGAUCCAGGAGCAUGAGCAGGACUCGGCCCUGCGGGAGCAACUGAGUGGCUACAAGCGGAUGCGGCGUCAGCACCAGAAGCAGCUGCUGGCCCUGGAGUCCCGUCUGAGGGGUGAACGUGAGGAGCACAGUGGGCGGUUGCAGCGGGAGCUUGAGGCACAGCGGGCUGGGUUUGGGACUGAGGCUGAGAAGCUGGCCCGGAGGCACCAAGCCAUUGGUGAGAAGGAAGCUCGAGCUGCUCAGGCUGAGGAGCGGAAGUUCCAGCAGCACAUCCUGGGACAGCAGAAGAAGGAGCUGGCUGCUCUGCUGGAGGCUCAGAAGCGAACCUAUAAACUUCGGAAGGAGCAGUUGAAAGAGGAACUCCAGGAGAACCCUAGCACACCCAAACGAGAGAAGGCUGAGUGGCUGUUGAGGCAGAAGGAACAGUUGCAACAGUGCCAGGCAGAAGAGGAGGCAGGGUUGCUACGAAGGCAACGCCAGUACUUCGAGCUUCAAUGUCGCCAAUACAAGCGCAAGAUGCUACUGGCUCGGCACAGCCUAGAUCAGGACCUGCUUCGAGAGGACUUGAAUAAGAAACAGACACAGAAGGACUUGGAGUGUGCUCUGCUGUUAAGGCAGCAUGAGGCUACCCGAGAGCUGGAGCUACGACAGCUCCAGGCUGUCCAGCGCACACGUGCUGAACUCACCCGCCUUCAGCACCAGACAGAGCUAGGCAACCAGCUGGAGUACAACAAGCGUCGGGAGCAAGAGUUGCGGCAGAAGCAUGCGGCCCAGGUUCGCCAGCAGCCCAAGAGCCUCAAAUCAAAGGAGCUGCAGAUCAAGAAGCAGUUCCAGGAGACGUGUAAGAUCCAGACACGGCAAUACAAGGCUCUGCGGGCACACUUGCUGGAGACCACACCCAAAGCUCAGCACAAGAGCCUUCUUAAGCGGCUCAAGGAGGAACAGACUCGCAAGCUGGCGAUCCUGGCCGAGCAGUAUGACCAGUCCAUUUCAGAGAUGCUCAGCUCACAGGCGCUCCGGCUUGAUGAGACCCAAGAGGCUGAGUUUCAGGCCCUGCGGCAGCAGCUCCAGCAGGAGCUGGAGCUCCUUAAUGCUUACCAGAGCAAGAUCAAGAUCCGCACAGAGAGCCAGCAUGAGCGGGAGCUGAGAGAGCUGGAGCAGAGAGUAGCUCUGCGGAGGGCACUGCUAGAGCAACGGGUGGAAGAAGAGCUGCUGGCCCUCCAGACAGGGCGUUCGGAACGCAUCCGGAGUUUGCUUGAGCGGCAGGCCCGUGAGAUCGAGGCCUUCGAUGCUGAGAGCAUGAGGCUGGGUUUCUCCAGCAUGGCUCUGGGAGGCAUUCCAGCUGAAGCUGCUGCCCAGGGCUAUCCUGCUCCACCCCCAGCCCCUGCCUGGCCCUCCCGUCCAGUUCCCCGUUCAGGGGCCCAUUGGAGCCAUGGCCCUCCUCCACCAGGCAUGCCCCCGCCAGCUUGGCGUCAGCCAGCUCUGCUGGCUCCCCCAGGGCCUCCAAACUGGCUAGGGCCUCCGACACAGAGUGGAACACCCCGUGGAGGGGCUCUGCUGCUGCUAAGAAACAGUCCUCAACCCCUAAGGCGGGCAGCGUCAGGGGGCAGCAGUGGUGAGAACGUUGGCCCGCCAGCUGCAGUGCCAGGGCCGCUGAGCCGAAGCACCAGUGUUGCUUCCCACAUCCUCAAUGGCUCCUCCCACUUCUAUUCCUGAAGUACAAGGUGGUGAGCAGAGGAAUAGGGCAAGGUGGGAGUGGGUGGUUGCCUGAUCCUACAGGCAGUGUCCUUGAAGCCUACCCAGUGGUGGUGGGGACAGGAUGUUGACUCCAGCUCCCCCAUCAGAUCUCCUCAUCUCAUGAGCUUCUUGGGGCUGGCCAGUGACCCCAGGCCAGCUUGGGCAUCGGUACCCCAAAGCUGACCAGGAGCCCUGCCUCCCCACCAUGGUGCCAGGGUCUCCCUCCAUCACCACCUACAAAAGGUGGGAACUGUGAGUGUCAAAUAUUCAUCUGGUCCCCUAGGGGAGGGGAAGGGUGGGUCUAGAUAUAUUAUAUUCAGAGAAUUAUACAACCCUUGUGAUGGGGCCAUGAACUAGGGACAACAGGGCCCCCAGACCUGGUGGAAUGGCAGAGCAGGUCUGGUGCCAAAGCAAGGAGAAUGGGAGGAGGCCUUCCUCCAGAAGGAUCAGUGGUCUUGUGGUCAGGGUGCCUGGGUCUCACCAUUCUCCUAUUGCUGUCUGACGUCCUGUGCCGUCUUGUCUUUUUUUUUUUUUUUUUUUUUUUUUAAACUGGGGUCCGGGCUGGGGCGGGGGACAAGGGAAGGACCUUGGAAAGGGCUGCUGCCAGGCCUGGGAACAGUCAUGGGAGCCCCUCUCAGCUAUGGGGCUGGCACAGAGCCCUAGGGCAAGCUUUUAAUAAACUGUUGGUUAUUCUAACAGAC